GCGAAGCGAGGCGGGCGGCGGCGGCGGGGAAGAUGCUGGAGGCGGCGGCGGCCGAGCAGCCGGAGCUGGACCCUGAGGACUUGGUGCACUUCUCGGUGGGCGAUUUGCCCAGCCGCGGUUAUGGCGUGAUGGGCGAGAUCCGGCGGCAGGGCAAGCUCUGCGACGUGACCCUGAAGGUGGGGGACCAUAAAUUCAGCGCUCACCGGAUCGUGCUGGCAGCUUCCAUCCCCUACUUCCACGCCAUGUUCACCAACGACAUGAUGGAGUGCAAGCAGGAUGAGAUUGUCAUGCAGGGCAUGGAUCCCAGUGCCCUUGAGGCUCUGAUCAACUUUGCCUACAACGGUCACCUGGCCAUAGAUCAGCAGAAUGUCCAGUCUCUGCUCAUGGGGGCAAGUUUCCUUCAGCUGCAGAACAUCAAAGAUGCAUGCUGCACUUUCCUCAGAGAGAGGCUUCACCCCAAGAACUGCCUGGGGGUGAGGCAGUUUGCAGAGACGAUGAUGUGCGCGGUGCUCUACGACGCUGCCAACAGCUUCAUCCACCAGCACUUCGUGGAGGUGUCCAUGUCCGAAGAGUUCCUGGCACUGCCUUUUGAAGACGUCCUGGAGCUCGUGUCUAGGGAUGAGCUCAAUGUGAAGUCUGAAGAGCAGGUGUUUGAAGCUGCCUUAGCUUGGGUGCGGUACGAGCGAGACCGGAGGGAGUCGUUCCUCCCCGAGCUCCUGUCCAAAAUCCGCCUCCCCCUUUGUCGACCCCAGUUUCUCACUGACCGUGUGCAACAAGAUGACCUGGUGCGCUGCUGCCACAAGUGCAGGGAUCUGGUGGAUGAGGCAAAGGAUUAUCACCUCAUGCCCGAGCGGCGCCCGCACCUCCCGGCCUUCAAAACCCGUCCCCGCUGCUGCACGUCCAUCGCUGGAUUGAUUUAUGCUGUUGGGGGCCUCAACUCAGCAGCAAAUUUUUAUGCAGGCGACUCCCUGAACGUGGUGGAAGCGUUUGACCCCGUUGCCAACCGCUGGGAGAAGUGCCAGCCCAUGAGCACGGCGCGGAGCCGCGUGGGCGUCGCGGUGCUCAACGGGCUGCUCUACGCCAUCGGCGGCUACGACGGCCAGCUCCGCCUCAGCACCGUGGAGGUCUACAACCCAGAGACAGACUCCUGGAGCAAGGUGGAGAGCAUGAACAGCAAGAGAAGUGCCAUGGGAACAGUGGUGCUGGAUGGUCAGAUCUAUGUAUGUGGUGGAUACGAUGGGAACUCCUCCCUCAGCUCCGUGGAGUCCUACUCGCCAGAAACAAACAAGUGGACUGUGGUGACCCCCAUGAGCUCCAACCGCAGCGCCGCCGGAGUCACUGUGUUCGAGGGUCGGAUCUACGUGUCGGGAGGCCACGACGGGCUCCAGAUCUUCAACAGCGUCGAGUACUACAACCACCCCACGGGCACCUGGCACCCCGUGGCCAACAUGCUGAACAAGCGCUGCCGCCACGGCGCCGCCUCCCUGGGCAGCAAGAUGUUCGUGGCGGGCGGCUACGACGGCUCCGGGUUCCUGAGCGCGGCCGAGGUGCUGAGCUCCGGCGCCGGGCGCUGGGACGCGCUGGUGCCCAUGAACACCCGCCGCAGCCGCGUGUCGCUCGCCGCCAGCUGCGGCCGCCUCUACGCCGUGGGGGGCUACGACGGACAGUCCAACCUCAGCUCCGUGGAGAUGUACGACCCCCGCAGCGACCGCUGGACUUUCAUGGCCCCCAUGGUGUGCCACGAGGGGGGCGUGGGGGUGGGCUGCGUGCCCCUGCUCACGCUCUGA